UGAUUGGCCUCGAUCAGAUCGGCAAUAAACCGUCGGAAAUGGACGAAAUUUGAUGGGGUAAAAUCGGCUGUGAAAAUGUCCUUUUAUAAGACUGCGGUCCUCUAUUUGAAUUCCGAGAUUGGAAGGUCCAUAAAGUAUUGGAUAGAUGGGCAGAGGCAGAGAAUAAUGGAUAAUCCGGACCUUAAAGUGAAAAUCGCCGAGUGGCUGUUGUGGGAUAAGAACGAAAAUACUCUGGAAGAGAUCAAGAACUUGAUCUCCGAAAAUGAUCACGAAAAAUUGUCCAAGUUGCUCUUGAACAGACUAAAAUUUGGAACUGCUGGGCUAAGAGGAAAAAUGCAGGCGGGAUAUGCUGGUAUGAACGACCUAGUAAUUAUACAAACAGGUCAAGGGUUGUUGAAACAUUUGGAGAAGAACGAGAAAAACCUGCUCGAGAAGAACGGAAUAGUCAUAGGCUAUGAUGGAAGGCACAACAGUAAAAGAUGGGCAGAAAUUACAGCCACAAUUUUCGUACAAGCUGGAUACAAAGCCAAAUUAUUUGGCAGUCUUGUACCAACGCCUUAUGUUCCAUUUUCAGUGAGAAAAUACAAUUGUGCUAUUGGUGUCAUGAUCACUGCUUCCCAUAACCCAAAGGAAGAUAAUGGUUAUAAGGUGUACGCAUCCAAUGGUGCCCAAAUCUUGAGCCCAAACGAUAAAUACAUACAGGAGCACAUCAAACAGUCCCUGGAACCCUGGCCAAAUUCCUGGGAGACGCACAUCAUUCAAAAUAACGACUUGAUCGACGACCCUUUGGAGGAAGUCAUGCAUGAUUACACCCAACGUGUAAAGGCUAGUAUUUUGCCAGAACAUCUGGAGCUGAAUAAGAAAUUCAAGCUUAUGUACACCUACACCCCAAUGCAUGGAGUCGGUUACAACUAUGUCAAGAAGGCUCUCGAUGCCAUCAACAUCCAGUUCAAGGCUACGCCAGAACAAAAAGAUCCUCAUCCAGACUUUCCAACGGUGGUGUAUCCCAAUCCAGAGGAAGGGGCCAGUUGCCUUGAUCUCUCCUUCAAACUAGCCGAAAAAAUUGAUAGCACAAUUAUAAUAGCCAAUGAUCCAGAUGCUGAUAGGAUGGCCUGUGCCGAAAAGGACAGUAAAACUGGAAAAUGGAAAGUAUUCACUGGAAAUGAGCUCGGUGCUCUACUUGGCUGGUGGCUGUUGCAAUGUUUCAAAUCUAACAACCCCAAAGUUCCAAUGAAAGAUGUCUACAUGGUAUCGAGCACCGUGAGCUCGAUGAUACUGAAGUCUAUGGCAGCAAGAGAAGGGUUCAAUUUUGUUGAUACCCUAACUGGUUUCAAGUGGAUAGGAAAUAAGGCACUGGAACUAACGAAACAAGGGAAGUAUGUCAUAUUUGGAUUCGAAGAAGCUAUUGGUUAUAUGUGUGGUUUACAAGUGGUCGACAAAGAUGGCGUUAGCGCCGCAUGCCAUAUGACCACCCUGGGAACUUUUCUGAAGAGUCAGAAAAAAACCCUGCAUGAUCAACUAGACGAAAUCUACACCACUUACGGAUACCAUGUGUCCUUGAAUUCUUACUACAUCUGCUACUAUUCCCACGUCAUAAAAUCAAUAUUCGACAGGAUAAGGAAUUAUGUAGGACCAAAUAUGUAUCCCAAGAGUGUCAUGAAUGGAAAGUAUACAAUCAAGAAUAUCAGGGACUUAACAACAGGAUAUGACGAUUCGCAACCUGAUAAUAAGGCAACGCUCCCUGUUGAUCCUUCCAGUCAGAUGAUAACUUUUUACUUCACGAAUGGUUUGGUUGUUACCCUGAGGACGAGUGGCACUGAACCAAAAAUCAAAUAUUAUACGGAAAUGUGUGCAUCACCAGAACAAACAGAUAGAGAGAAAAUAGUUGCAACUAUGACGGAACAAGUGAAUGCAGUUGUUCAAGAAUUCUUGGAACCAGAACGAAGAAAUCUCAUCUCCAGAACAACAUAAAGAAGAAAACCAAAAAAUAUUACUAGUGAUAUUCAGGGAUUUAGUCCUAUAACAUUGUGAUAAAUGAUUUUUUACCAACCAUCUAAAACAUUUUAUGUUUCAAAUAAAUUCAUUCGAUGGAUAUAUGCAUCAAUUUGUGUAGUUAGAUUAUUGGAAAUUAUUGAUAUUAUUCACGAGUAUUACUUUUAUAUGUUUCUAAAAUUUGUAAGCUAGUGGAUGUCGUAUAGGAACUGUAUACUGUAUACUUCUUUACAUUCAAUCAAUAAAAAAUUAUCAAUGA